ACAGCAUGGCAAAUACCUUCACAGUGGCACUGAGGGUGGCAGAGGAGGCCAUCGACGAGGCCAUCUACAAGGCAGAGGGAUACACCGACAAUCAGGAUAUGCAGAGCGAAGCAAGGUAUUUGCGGGACCACAGGGAGGARCUGAUUGAGGAGCUGGCCACAACCAUCGUACAGAAAAUCAUCCGGCGGARGAAGAACCUGGUUGAGAUGAAGCCAGACUGUGACCUGGACUGGCCCCCAGGCAACCAGAGUGGUGAAAAGCCUUUGGCUUCAAGCUGCCCCAGCUCCCAGCCCCAGACCACCACAUCAGUCCACGCCAAGGACUCUCAGCAGGGGCUGAAAGAGGAGGGAGGAGCGGCAGGGUUGCCCAGCUGGAAGAGUAUUGACCGCCUGGACAACUCCAGUAAGAGCCUGCUGGCCAAUGCAAUUUACUAUUCACACACAUCUUUACAAAAUGUCUUUAGUACACACACCUUAUGUAGUAAGUUUCAGAGUUACCUGUUGGUGAUGUACUCUAGCUAGAGACUGGUGGCUAAAGGCUCCCUCCUUUGUGGUUGUGUGUCCGCCUGUCUAUCUGCUGUGUGUGUGUGUGUGUGUG